CUGAAACGUUGGUAAUGGUAAUGAUCAUAUGCUACAUAACCUCCAAACUUUGGCAUAUAAGAACAAAAACAAUUUAUAGGCAUUUUUAACUUUAUAACUCUUAAAAUUAACCGAGAUUGAUUUUUUAAGUUAUCUUUAUUUAAAAUGUGGCGUAACCAAAUGAUUAAAUCAAUUGCCACAAACUUGUUACAGAAUGAAAGCUUGUUAGUUCAACCAUCUAGGAACACAUUCAUACUAAAAAGAAGAUAUCCCUUAAAAUUGUACAAAAAGAACAGUCGCCCACAUCCACUAAAAGGUAAAGAUUAUAUAUAUGAUGUUGUGGAAGAUACUGAGAUGAAACCACUGCAAAAAUUAGACAUUAUUUUAACGUCUCAUGUAGAAGGUAUUGGCUCUGCUGGAGAAGUACUGUCAUUGAAGCCUCAUUUUGCUUACAAUAAACUAUUAUUACCAAAACUUGCUGUUUAUGCUUCACCAGAAAAUUUAGAAAAGUAUAAGCAUCUUGCUAGCAAAAUUGAUAAAACAGAUGUAUACAGUUCACCAUUUGUAUAUAGGACCAUCAAAGUACUCUCCAAACAUGUAUUUGCCGUAGUAAUGAACAAAGAAGAGCCUUGGGUUAUCGAGCCAUGGCACAUUCAAAUAGCUCUGCGUAAAGGUGGAAUUGAGUGCCCAUUAGAAGCAAUAAAAAUACCCGAACAGCCUAUCAAAGGUCCGGAUAUGAACUUGCAAAAUAAAGAGUUCAAUGUUGUUGUAACAAUUAAUAAUAAAGAAAAAGUAGAUGUUAAAUGCAGAAUACAUCAUUGGAGCACUGAACAAAAAGAUCGUUUACCUUAUGUGUUUGAACAUUGGAAGUUACCUGCAGAGAAAUUAUUUGAUAAUGUAGCUCAAUAAUUUUAAGAAUUAUAAAAUGAUAGAUUAUGAAAAUAUAUAUUUAUA